AUGGCGGCGGCCCUCACACUGCUUUGCAUGUGUUGCCAGGCCGCCGGCGCACCCGUUGCGACCAGCAACGGCAAUGGGUUGGCGUCCACCAACGCCGCUGACGUGGACAACAAGCUGUGCGCGUCCAGCCUGGACCAGGGCUGCCAGGAUUAUAACCUCCCAGUGAACGACUGGGCGCACAGCAGCCUGAGUGUGGUCGUGCUGGGCGCGUCUGGUGAUCUGGCCAAGAAGAAGAUUUUCCCUGCCCUGUUUGCGCUCUACUACGAGGGCCUGCUGCCACCCAACGUGCAGUUCUUCGGCUACGCGCGCACCAAGAUGACGGAUGUGGCGUUUCGCGAGAUGAUUGCGGGGACCCUCACCUGCCGCGUCAACUCGCGGGAGCGCUGCCUCGAGGCUCAGGAGACGUUCCUGCAGCGCUGCUUCUACCAAGCGGGCUCGUACGACCAGCAGCAGGGCUUCAUCAGCCUCAACACGCGCAUGUCAGGUCAGGAGGCGUCCAUGCCUCGCGCCAACCGCAUCUUCUUCCUGUCCAUUCCGCCGAACGUGUUCCUGGACGCCACGGGCAACGCCGCGGAUUGCGCGUCCAGCAGGACCGGCUGGACCCGCGUCAUUGUGGAGAAGCCUUUCGGCCGCGACAGCGACAGCAGCAAGGAGCUGGCCGAGGGCCUGGGGCGCCACCUCAGCGAGGAGCAGAUCUACAGGAUAGAUCACUACCUGGGCAAGGAGCUGAUUGAGAACCUGACCGUUCUGCGUUUCAGCAACAGCGUGUUCGAGCCCCUGUGGAGCAGGCAGCACAUCCGCAACGUGCAGGUGAUCUUCAGCGAAAACUUCGGCACCGAGGGCCGCGGCGGCUACUUUGACCGCUACGGCAUAAUCCGUGACGUCAUCCAGAAUCACCUGCUGCAGAUCCUGGCUCUGUUUGCUAUGGAGCAGCCCGUGUCGCUGGAUGCUGAGGACAUCCGCAGCGAAAAAGUCAAGGUGCUGCGGUCCAUGAAGGUGGUGUCCGCGGAGGACGUGGUGGUGGGGCAGUACAGGGCCAAGGGCAACCUGCCAGCAUACCUGGACGACAGCACAGUGCCCGUCGGCAGCCUGACGGAGACGUUCGCGGCAGUGGCGAUGUUCAUCGACAACGCGCGGUGGGACGGGGUGCCGUUCCUGCUUAAGGCGGGCAAGGCUCUACACAAGCGCUACGCCGAGAUCAGGGUGCAGUUCAGGCACGUCCCUGGUAACCUGUACCGCAGCAAGCAGGGCAGCAACCUGGACGCUCACACCAACGAGCUCGUCAUCCGCAUCCAGCCCAAGGAGGCCAUCUACCUGAAGAUCAACAACAAGGUGCCCGGCCUGGGCCUGCGCCUGGACACCAGCCGCCUUGACCUGCAGUACCAGUCUGCGUUUGCUUCCAACGACCUGCCCGACGCAUAUGAGAGGCUGCUGCUGGAUGUUGUCAAUGGUGACAAGCGGCUCUUCAUCCGUGCGGAUGAGCUGGAGGCGGCCUGGAACCUCUACACGCCUCUGCUGCAUGCGCUGGAGAAGAACAAGGUGGCCCCUGAGCUCUACCCCUAUGGCAGCCGCGGCCCCGUGGGUGCCCACUAUCUCGCGGCGAAGUACGGCGUCAGGUGGGGCGACCUCAACGAGGAUGACGACGAGUGA